AUGUACGAUUUCACGGGACGGGUAGCGCUGAUAACGGGGUCGAGUUCGGGCAUCGGUGCGGCCACAGCUAUACUACUGGCCAAAGCGGGCGCCCGAGUGGUCAUCACUGGACGUAAUUAUGAAAAACUCGCCGCAUUUUAUAAACAGUGUACGGAUGUGUCGCCCCAUAAAUGCCGUCCAGCGGUUCAAGUGGUGGCCGACGUGACCAAUGAGGCCGAUAUGGACCGACUUCUGGCCAUUACUAUCGAUACUUUUGGUCAAUUAGAUAUUCUGGUCAAUAACGUCGGGUUUUUGGCGUCGGCACCAAUAGAUAGCAAUGAUUAUAUGAAAAACUUCCGGCAAACAGAUGUGGCAAUGAUGCCGGUGUUUAUAUUCGCUGAGUUAAGCGUCGAGUUUGAUCCAAACGACCAUGGUAUAAGGGACAAUCCUACCUACAACACAUUUGUGAUCGCCGCCUGUUAUUUCUGUGCCCUCAUUAACGAACUCUACUCCGUUAAGAAAGAGGUGUUUAAAGGGGGCGACGUUCGCCACGAAUACCUCUACCUGAUUAUGGUAUGGGAGGGCUGUUCAGCACAAACCGCUGCCGACCGUAUUGUGUCCGAAGCGAAAGUUGCCUACAAUAGAGUACUUGAUUAUGGUAAACAAUUGAACAUGUUCAAUAUACCUGCUCUGGACCGGUAUGUCACGGAGGCUAUCCGUAUCUGCGAUGGCAAUCAUUACUGGUCAACAAUAUGCGAGAGAUAUAACUCGUGGAAUAAAUAG